AUGGCAACCGAAAGAACGAAUCAAGAAACCCGCUCAACCGCCGGUGAUCAGAGCGACCAUUCUAGCGAGAAUGAGUCAAAGCAAAUGACCCGAAAUUCACAGAAUAACACAAUCGAUCGAUUCAACGCUGGAUCUCAAGGAGACAUCAAUCAGCCCCAAGGCCAGCAGCCUGUUCAAUCAGCGAAUCAAGAGACGGGAAAGAAAAGCAGCGCGCCUCGUGUGAGAUUGGAUAUGGAUCUCGAUGUUGAGUUACAACUGAAAGCGAAGAUCCAAGGUGAUCUUGAAUUGGCUAUAUUUCGAGCAACCAACUCUUUGGAGAGUGAGGCCUUACCGGAACGGAACCUUGGUGAUGCUUCAGUCGACCAAAGCGAAAGCACCUCCGCCUUCUCUCCUCUGAAACAGUUGGACCUAAUGCUGUCUUUCCAAAUGAAGCUCAAGUAUCGCAGCUUACCCAGCCAGAAUCAACCUCCUCCCGUACGAGCCCCAAGAAUGACUCCUGUUACCUGUAUGCGCUUUGACACACAAGUCCCAAAGCUUGACGAGCUGCUCAUGCUUUUCAGUAUCUUUGCUGGUGCGGCCUUGGCUUGGACAGAUGAACUUCUUAAUAGGCUUGAAGCCACAAAAGCGAACGCUGUGUCAGCCUUCGACUGUUACUUACACUCUGCUCUGUCGAUCAUUGAAGACGCUGAAAUACCACUACUGCCCUCGGUCACUGCUGUCUCAGCCAUAUGUACGCUCGCGCACGUGGCCAUCAACUCCGAUGAUAUCGUCCCGAUCAAGGCCUUAGGUCUCAGAAGCCGAUGCUACAAUAUGUGCCGUGAAAUGAUGAUUCAUCGCUUAGACAGCCCGGCAGCACAGAAAGAGCGAGAAAUAAGCCCGGCCAGCAACAUUGACUUGGAGGUUCAGAGACGUAUAUGGUGGAACAUGGUUGCCUCUGACUGGUUGACCUCGUUCUCUGGGAGUUCCCAGGAGGGUAUUUACACAUUCAUCCCGAGGCUGAUGAGAGUCAAGCAACCGCGUAACGUCGACGAUGCUGAGCUCACCAUUUCAGGCGACAUACCCAAUUUGUCUAUCUCCGUGCCAACAGACAUGACAUUCUUCUUUCUGCGACUCAGAACGGCAGAAAUAUCUCGUGAGAUUAUCGAUGCGAUCGCACCCCUGGCCGACGACGCCCCCGAAGAAGACUACAGAGUCAUUCUUCAGCUUGACAGAAAACUGCAAGAUUUUGUCGACGGUCUUCCCGUGUUCUGCAAGGCCGACCCCGAAAGUAUGCAUAAAUCCAAGGAGAUCUGCGAAUUGAGGCCGUUUAUCUACUGGCAGCGGAUCAGUCUCCAUCUCGGCAUCCAUGCACGCAUUUGUCGACUUCAUCGCCCUUACCACCUCGCAGCGUACUCAAAUCCUCGAUAUUCUUACUCUCGAACCACGAUCCUCGCAUCAGCAUACAAGAUCUUGGAACUCAGACGCAUGAUGGACGACCCGGUUGCCAAGCUUCACUUUCGACCAGAGAGGUAUUGGGUCAUCUUUUUGCACGUCACCUCAGCCGCUGUAGCGUUGGCAGUCGACCUAUCUCACGAUCCUGAUGCCCCCGACGCCGAAGCCAUCAAGGAAAAGGUUAAAGGCGCGUACGAGACGUUGAACAAAUCGAGGAAGAACGCAGAGAGUUUGAUCAGAGGUAUCGAGAAGAAUAUGGAACAGGUCAUGGGGACUCUGCAGAAGCAGCGUGCGAAUGCGAUGACAUCAGCUUCGCCGGCUGGAACAUCAAGCGCGAACUUGGAUUCGGUUCCUGAAAGUGCUUUCACAGACGUGAAUGAUAUUACAGUGGGCAUGCAGGAAGACAGUUUCGGGGACGAACAUUCGCACCAGCUCUGGUCAGACUUUUUGGCUGCUGUGCCUGACCUCGAAGAGUUCCAGUGGACUUCUCUUCUGCAAGACCUCGACUUUGAUCCUAGCAACUUCAGUUAA